AUGAGCGGCGAUGCAUCAAACGCUGCCUUCGCCUACGAGGAGCCGCCAAUAGCGACAGUUCUCAAUCAGACCGGGUUCCUCGUGGUAUUGAACCUCGCGAACUUCUGUCUUGAUAAGUUUCUUUAUUGUGGGCUGAUUGGACAGUUAGUCGUCGGGAUCCUUUGGGGUACACCGGGAGCAAAAUGGCUGGAUCGCGAGACGGAAACUGUCAUCCAGCAGCUAGGAUACCUUGGCUUAAUCAUGUUGAUCUAUGAAGGUGGUCUAUCUACCUCCAUCAAGGCCGUGAGAGCGAACUACGUGGCGUCUCUAUGUGUUGCGCUCACAGGGAUCGCAGUGCCCAUGGCCUUGUCCUUUGUUCUCAGGGAGCUGGUCGGGGCGAGCUCUUUACAGUCUUUUGCUGCUGGCGCAUCUCUCAGUGCGACUAGCCUUGGAACCACUUUUACGAUUCUGUCAACCACGGGCCUAGUCACUACUCGGCUAGGCACCAUCACCACCAGCGCUGCGAUGUUAGAUGACGUCGUAGGUCUUGUCAUGGUCCAAAUCAUCUCGAAUAUUGGAGGGAGAAGUUCUUCCUUUGAUUCCAUUACCGUCGUCAGGCCUGUUUUUGUUUCCAUUGGAUUUGCAGUUGGCUUGUAUCUUCUUUGUUCCUUCGGUGUGAAGCCGGUACUCAACAAGGUACUUGCUAUGAGGUUCAAGACUCCGAGCUUUGUGGGAACUAUGCAGUUCGCGUUUCUUUAUCAAACACUCAUUCUUGUGGGGCUUGUUGCUGGUGCCACCUAUGCGGGUACUUCAAGCCUCUUUGCUGCUUAUCUUGCCGGUGUUAUCGUCUCUUGGAUUGAUGGGAUAGUUGGAGAUUCGAAAAUGCCGGAUCAUCCUACCGACCCUCUAACAAGCUCUAGCAGUUCAACCCGAGAGAACAGCACUCACGGCCACACUGAACGGCCUCUAAACAUGGCCUUCAAGGAAGCACCAACAGGUGAACGGGUUUAUGAGAAAUAUUACAAGCAGCCAGUCAUCCGAAUCCUUAUCCCAUUAUUCUUCGCAUCCAUUGGAUUCGCGAUUCCAAUCACUGAGAUGUUCAAAGGGAGAGUCAUAUGGCGUGGCAUCAUAUAUGCUCUCCUCAUGAUAUUUGGGAAGAUGAUCACUGGGAUAUGGCUCAUCCGCUUCUCAUUGAGCCCUGUAUCAAACUUGGUCCUCGGGAUUCGGAAGUUCGUUUCCUCUAUUCGUCUAUUCUGUAGACCUACAAAGGACAGGAAGCAGCGAGAGGAAAUGCGAGCGAAAUCUGAACGUCAUCCCUCCAAAAAGGGCAGAAGAAGCCCAAAUGAUGAAGCUGCCAGAAAUACAAAUGUAAGUGCAAGGAACAAAAAUGUCAUGCCUUCAUCCGAUGGAAGGCCCGGAAGUCAGUUUGAGCUUCAAGAUGUACAAACCACGCCGCCAAGUCGGCUUAUUGCAGUGACAGCCCCUCCCAAGCCGAGAUCUCUCUAUCCUUCAUCCAUCCUCGGACUGGCAAUGGUUGCUAGAGGGGAGGUCGGAUACCUCAUUGCUUCACUUGCGCAAAGCAAAGGUAUCUUCGCAAAUGGCUCUUCGGAUGGGAUCUCUGAGAUUUAUCUGGUCGUUGUCUGGGCGAUAUCUAUUUGUACGCUUGUUGGGCCAAUUUGCGUCGGUGCCCUCGUCAAGCGGGUGAAGAGGCUUCAAACGACGAGAACGGCCAAUAGCUCAGAUCCUUUAGGAGUGUGGGGAAUCUGA